CGCAGUUUUACCGGUGGAGCGCAUCAGAGCAGGCUGCGAGAAUGCAGUAGAACCGUCCUGCUUUAGGAUUAGUCUAGAGAAGGUUGGCUAAAGCUUAGCUUACAUAAUAGCUAGUGACUCCUAGCUUGAUAGUAAACGCACGGUAGAUAUAGUCUCUUAUAUUAGAAUAACGGUGGUACGUUAUUCUCAUUCAAAGUAUAAAAGAGAGGAUUUGGAAUUGAUAAGAGAAAAUAAAGCUUGAAUAUGUCUGUAGUAGGAUUUGAUGUGGGUUUUCAGAACUGUUACAUCGCCGUUGCCAGGAGCGGCGGUAUUGAAACCAUUGCAAAUGAAUACAGUGACAGAUGCACUCCGGCUUGUAUUUCUUUGGCAUCUAAAAACAGAACCGUUGGAAAUGCCGCAAAGAGUCAGAUGAUAACAAACUUUAAGAACACAGUCCAUGGCUUUAAGAAGUUCCAUGGUCGAGCAUUUGAUGAUCCCUUUGUUAAAAGUGAAAAAUCUAAGUUGCCUUACAGUCUUCACAAGCUUGCCAAUGGCAGCACUGGAAUAAGGGUUCGUUACUUGGAGGAGGAUAAGGUGUUCACCAUUGAACAGUUGACAGCCAUGUUGCUCACUAAGCUGAAAGAGACCUCUGAGGGUGCACUGAAAAAACCAGUGGUGGACUGUGUGAUUUCUGUACCUAGUUUCUUUACUGAUGCAGAACGAAGAUCAGUGAUUGAUGCCUCUCAGAUAGCUGGGUUGAACUGCUUGAAACUGAUCAAUGACACAACAGCAGUGGCGUUAGCUUAUGGAAUCUACAAACAAGACUUACCAAACCCAGAAGAAAGGCCUCGUAAUGUUGUGUUUGUGGACAUUGGUCACUCAUCUUAUCAAGUGUCGGUUGUGUCCUUCAACAAAGGGAAACUGAAGGUGCUAGCCACAGCAUUUGACCCAUAUUUGGGUGGGCGUAACUUUGAUGAAGUACUCGUAGAGUAUUUCUGUGAAGAGUUUAAGGGCCGUUAUAAGUUAAAUGUGAAGGACAACCCUCGAGCCCUGCUGAGGCUCUUCCAAGAGUGUGAAAAGCUGAAAAAGCUCAUGAGCGCCAACUCUUCAGAGCUACCACUUAACAUUGAGUGCUUCAUGAAUGACAUUGAUGUUUCAGGGAAGAUGAAUAGGGGCCAGUUUGAGGAGCUGUGUGUCCAGCUUUUGAUGAAAGUGGAUGCACCACUUAGAUCUGUCGUAGAACAAUCAAAACUAAGCAGAGAUGAGAUCUAUGCAAUUGAGGUAGUUGGUGGUGCUACUAGGAUUCCAGCCAUUAAAGAGAGGAUCUCUAAGUUCUUCUAUAAAGACAUCAGUACCACCCUGAACGCGGAUGAAGCAGUGGCACGAGGAUGUGCGCUUCAGUGUGCAAUCUUGUCUCCAGCCUUUAAGGUCCGUGAGUUUUCUAUCACUGACGUGGUUCCCUUCCCAAUCACACUUCGCUGGAAGUCUACUACAGAUGAGGGUGUUAGUGAUUGUGAAGUAUACAGCAAGAACCAUGCAGCACCUUUCUCCAAAGUCAUCACUUUCCACAAGAAAGAGCCCUUUGAUCUGCAAGCCUUUUACAGCACUACACAAGAUUUGCCAUACCCAGACACUGCAAUAGGUCGUUUUACCAUCCAGAAUGUUUUGCCCCAGACUGAUGGAGACAGUUCAAAGAUCAAGGUGAAAGUGCGUGUAAAUGUGCAUGGUAUCUUCAGUGUAUCCAGUGCCUCUCUGAUCGAGAAGCAGAAGGGCGAAGCGGAGGACAUGCAAAUGGAGAUGGAACCCACAGUUCAGAAUGAAAGCCGGCAAGAAGAGCAGCCUAAAAUGCAAGUGGAUCAAGACAGUCAAGGUGAGCAGCCCAAUGAAGAGGGGAAUGCACCAGGUUCUAAUUCUAAGGAUGGUGCGUCUCCUGAAAAACAAGAGCAGAGUGCAGGGUCAAGCAAACCUAAAUCAAAGGCGAAGAGUGUUGAGUUACCCAUCCUUUCCUGCACUGUCAGGCAGCUGGACAGGGAGAUACUAAACAGAUUUGUGGAAGAGGAAAGGAAUAUGAUAGAUCAGGAUAAGCUGGAGAAGGAGAGGAAUGAUGCCAAGAAUGCUGUGGAGGAGUAUGUGUAUGACCUGCGAGACAAGCAGUGUGGCAUCUUUGAAAAGUACAUAACAGAGGAUGAGAGCAACAGCCUCACUCUUGUGCUUGAUGAUACUGAGAACUGGCUAUAUGAAGAAGGAGAAGACCAGUCAAAAGAGGUCUACCUGGAUAAACUGUCUGAACUCAAAAGGUUUGGUGAGCCUAUUGAAGAGCGGUACAGGGAGCAAGAAGAAAGACCACAAGCUUUCGAUGAGCUAGGCAAGAAAAUCCAGCUCUUCUUGAAGGUCUUGGAAUUAUAUAAGCAAAAGGAUGAACGUUAUCAACACCUGAGCACUGAGGAGAUGAGCACUGUGGAAAAGAGUGUGAAUGAGGUCAUGAGCUGGAUGAACAGCAAGAUGCUGGCUCAGAGUAAACUCAGCAUUGCUCAGGAUCCUGCAGUAAAAGUAGCAGAGAUCAUACAGAAGAUUCGGGAAAUGGAAGAGAUUUGCAGUCCUGUGGUAAACAGACCUAAACCCGAAGUGGAAGAGUCAGCAGAGGAUAACAGAGCUCACAACGGUCCCACAGUAGGGCAUGGAGCUGAUGGCAACCAGCAGACAAAGAACCAUGGAGAGAUGGAAACUAACUGAACUGCAUUUUCAGCCCUGAUCCCAUUCUCAUAGAAGACUCUGUCAGACCCAUGUAACUGACUUCCAACUUGUAGCCAGUACCAGUCUCUCUGUCCACACCUCUGCUGGUUGUAGUUUGCUUGUUAAAGUCUUAUUUAUGGUUGGGUUUUAAGUUCUUUUCAUUUCAUUUUGGAGUCAGGUCAUCCUUUGAAUGUUACAAUUACGUUUAUAAGCAAGUCCAGGCUGACACAUCCAUUGAUAGACUCAAAUAAAUUAGAAUUAGCUUAACAAUCAAAGAAUGCUGCCACUCAGCAAGAAUAAGUUAAGGCAAUGUGAUAGCUAAUCAAUCCCAAGUCUUGGUAGUGUCAAGAGGUCACUUUAAUUGCACAGCAGCAUAUUUGGGGAAAUAUAAAUUGCUUCUUGAUUAUCUUUAAGGUUUAAUAUCGCGCACACACACACACACACACACACACACACACACACACACACACACACACACAUUCAUACAUACA